AUGGGUUGGACUUGUUAUUCCGACAUAAGCAUUUGGUCCCCCAUUAUCGGAUCAGUAUUCUUCGGAUACGGCCUCAUCAUCGUCUUCACCAACACGUACCUCUACAUCAUCUUGGUGUACCAGAUGUACUCCGCAUCCGCCCUCAGCUUCAUGACAUUUGGCCGUUACAUGGUCUCGGGGGCAAUGACUGUUGGUGCAAUUCCGAUGUAUCGCAAUCUUGGGCCUCAUUACGCACUGAUCAUCCUGGCUUGUAUUGCCCCUGUGAUGGCUCCUGUGCCUUUUCUUCUCUACCGAUAUGGUCAUGUUAUCCGACGGAUGAGCAAGGGGGUCCAGAACAAGGAUUGA